AUGGAGACGAUGGAAGAACGCUUCCAAUCUAACAUGAAAGCUGUUGAACACAAACACAACGUCGAGCUUCAGAAAGUCAAAGAAAUGCCAGCUGCUGGUGAAAAACUGAGACGAGAGCGUUGGAUCGACACCAAGACACAAAAAAUCAAAGAACUUACCGUUAAAAGCAUCGAACCAGAAUUGCAAAGUAUGGAAAAACGCCAACAACAAGAACUUGCUGAUUUGCGUUCCCUACACAAGCGGGAAAUUGAAGAUUUGGAGCUUAAAGCAGCUCGAAAAAUGCAAGAACAGUGCGAAGCGCUGCGACUCCAACUUGUAGAAGAACGUGAAAAGGCUUUGGCCCACGAACGCGAAAUUAUGAGACAAAGGUACGAGAAACUUGUCGAAUCGGAAGAAAAAGGUUUCCAGGAACAAAGAAGAAGACUACUUGCUGAUCACCAAGCAAGAGUUGCUGAAUGCGAGCAAAGGGAAGCUUUAGCUUUGAGCGAGAAAGAUAAAGCGAUAAAGCAAGCUCAAGAUGAUUUUGAAGAAAGGUUGCAAAUUGUGAUCAGGAGACACGCUAAUGAAAUAAAGUUGAUCAAAGAAACGGCCAGUUUAGAGAUGGAAACCUGGCAGAAUAAUUACAAGAAACAACAAACAGUUCAGUUGGUUGAGAAGGAAAGCAUCAUACGAGAACAAUGUCGCAAGGAACGAGACAGAGAGAUUGAGGCAGUGAUUGAACGUUUGGAAAAAGAAGCAAGUGAUAAUAAGCUACAGAUUGAGCAGUCAAGUGAAAAUCGGAUCAGACGGCUUAAGGAAAAAUACGAGAAGGAAAUACUCGAUUUGGAGGAAAGUGAACGAGAGUCUAAAGAAAAGUAUCACACGCUGAAAAAGAAACUGGUUGAAAGUGAAGACGUGAUAAUCAAUUUGAAAGCAACAAUCGAUCAGUUGCAAAACCAGGUUGACUCGUCCAAAGCCAUCGCACUGAAACUGCAACAAGAAAGAGAGGAAGUGAAGGAAAUGAUGAGAAAUGAGGUGCGGCAAGAAAUGGAGAGUUUGGAGAAAGAGUUGAUGAAAGUGAAAGAUUCGAGAAAUAAUGAGAUCCAACAGCUUUAUUCAAGAGUCAAAGUUUCAAUAGCACGAAAAGACGAAAUUUUGGAGGAGUUGACAAGAGAUCACAAAGCCUUACAAGAGAAGUGUGCCUAUUUGGAGAACAUGUUGGAACAACAGCGAAAGGACGAGAGCACGACAAAAAAAACGACCAAACGGCACCAAAAAUUUAUCGAUCAAUUGAUCGCCGAUAAAAAAUUUCUAAACCAAAAAUGUGAAGACUUGGUCACCGAAAUGAAGACGAUGGAAGAACACUUCCAGCCCAACAUGAAAGCUGUGGAACACAAACACAACGUCGAGCUUCAGAAAGUCAAAGAAAUGGCAGCUGUUGCUGAAAAACUGAGACGAGAGCGUUGGAUCGACACCAAGACACAAAAAAUCAAAGAACUGACCGUUAAAAGCAUCGAACCAGAAUUGCAAAGUAUGGAAAAACGCCAACAACAAGAACUUGCUGAUUUGCGCUCGUUACACAAGCGGGAAAUUGAAGAUUUAGAACUUAAAGCAGCUCGAAAAAUGCAAGAACAGUGCGAAGCGCUGCGACUCCAACUUGUAGAAGAACGUGAAAAGGCCUUGGCCCACGAACGCGAAAUUAUGAGACAAAGGUACGAGAAACUUGUCGAAUCGGAAGAAAAAGGGUUCCAGGAACAGAGAAGAAGACUACUUGCUGAUCACCAAGCAAGAGUUGCUGAAUGCGAGCAAAGAGAAGCUUUAGCUUUGAGCGAAAAAGAUAAAGCGAUAAAGCAAGCUCAGAAUGAUUUUGAAAAAAUUGUGAGCAGAAAACACGCUAAUGAGAUAAAGUUGAUCAAAGAAACAGCCAGUUUAGAAAUGGAAACGUGGCAAAAUAAUUACAAGAAGCAACAAACAGUUCAGUUGGUUGAGAAGGAGAGCAUCAUACGAGAACAAUGUCGCAAGGAACGAGACAGAGAGAUUGAGGCAGUGAUUGAACGUUUGGAAAAAGAAGCAAGUGAUAAUAAGUUACAGAUUGAGCAGUCAAGUAAAAAUCGGAUCAGACGACUUAAGGAAAAAUACGAGAAAGAAAUACUCGAUUUGGAAGAAAGUGAACGCGAGUCUAAAGAAAAGUAUCACACGGUGAAGAAAAAACUGGUUGAAAGUGAAGACGUGGUAAUCAAUCUGAAAGCAACAAUCGAUCAAUUGCAAAGCCAGGUUGACUCGUCCAAAGCCAUCGCACUAAAACUGCAACAAGAAAGAGAGGAAGUGAAGGAAAUGAUGAGAAAUGAGGUGCGGCAGGAAAUGGAGAGUUUAGAGAAAGAGUUGAUAAAAGUGAAAGAUUCAAGAGCUAAUGAGAUCCAACAGCUUUAUUCAAGAGUCAAAGUUUCAAUAGCACGAAAAGACGAAAUUUUGGAGGAGUUGACAAGAGAUCACAAAGCCUUACAAGAGAAGUGUGCCUAUUUGGAGAACAUGUUGGAACAACAGCGAAAGGAGUAUUUGAUAAAAUAAGUUUUGUAUUUUUAUUAUUGUCGCACAAAUGAAGAUUUUCCAAUUAUAUUAUUCAUUUUACAAUAAAUGUGUUUUCCCACUUCUCAUUAACAGACAUGUAUCAAUGUAAUUACAAUAUAAUUAUGCAACAGAAACGCACCACGUUUUAAUUAUGUUUACUGUUCGAGCCAGCUUAUUAAAAUUCAUCACAAUCUAAUUAAGGUACUGAGAAAUGUUUUAUUACCAAAUCACUUAUUCCAAAUUUUGUGCCGUUUA